AUCGAACGACUGCUGCUCUCGCCUCCCGCCCCUUCGCUACCUUAUCUAUCCGUUGCUACGCGCUCGCAUGGUCAGGCGAUUUGGGAGUGGUCAAGUUGCAGGAGGAUAUCGUUGACGGAAUACACAAGAGACCCGCUAUGGAAGCGGGUGGGCUAGGACAGAGGCAAAGCGGGAUUCCAACCUCCAACAGCGCUGAACAGUACGACAAGCGGCCGAGAGAACGCAUCGAGACAUCAUAUCGAGACGGACCGACCAUGGCGACCGCGCCGCUAGUCAGCCCAAACACUCCUUACCAGCAUCAGCACCACAGCUCGUUCAGCUCCAGCUACCCUUACUCGGCGCCUACUACCGGCAUGCCCGGCAUGAUCUCGCCUGUCGAGCCCCGAAGGCCCUCGGAGGGGUCUGAGCAAGGCCAUGCUCACCGGCAGUCCCUGCCUUCCAUCUCGGAAGUGUUCUCCGAAAGGAAGUCACUUGGGUACGCCCCGCCACCGCCAUCAGCUUCGAUGCACUCAGCUCCCGGCCUGCCGUCACCCUUCACAUCAGCCCCGCCACCGAGGCCGUUUUCAGACAUGACGAGCGCAGACAAAAACCCAUCGCCGAGGGCGUUGCACCCGACAUCGACGUUUCCGCGCACCGAAACCCUCCCCGCAUUUUCCGAUCCGGGCCGACAUGGGCUAGCGAGCCGGCCUGUGCCACCUCCACUGAACACCUUCCCGGGGCAGCAACCGUCCCCUCCGGUCAAGCUUGAGCAGCUCGAAGCCGAGCAAAGGCAUGCGGAAGUACAAUCCCUAACAUCUACCCACCGGCCGCCGCCGCCGCCACAUCUCCCUGGGUUGUACGCGGAAACCGGGCGACUCCCGCCUGGGCAACUUCCCUUGUCGGCACCGGCAUAUCCCAUCUCCCCCAGGCAUUCCGGCCCCCCGCUUCCGUCGCCGUACGAUGCACAGCGGCCACCUGCGUACGGGGAGGAAGCCGAUUAUGCGCACCACCGCCCGUCUGAUUACAAGGCGAAUUUCGACAAGCACUUCCAAGCAAACGGGUACCAAGAUGCCCUACAAGCAAUAAUGCGGUCGUGCCGCACAGGCUACAACUUUGCCGAGGCGUACGUGGCCGCGGCCCAGGAACAACAGGGCUCGCAACCAAUCCCGUCGAGGAUGCCGACAGAAAACGAAGUGGGCGAGCUCUUGAACAACCUCGUUUUCGCCCUCAAGAAACUGGAAGACGUACGGGACAUGGUUCAGCAGAAUCGCAUUCAGAACGAGCGCACGCGCGAUAGCGGCGGCCGCAGCCCCGACGACGAGGACGUGUCAAUGUACGGCGACGGCAUGAAACCGCCAUAUGCGAUGCACGAGGUCAAAAAACGGCGCGGUCGCGCCGCUCCUCCCGGCCGGUGCCACAGCUGUAACCGGGUCGACACGCCAGAAUGGCGGCGCGGUCCCGACGGCGCGAGGACGCUCUGCAACGCCUGCGGCCUCCACUACGCCAAACUGGAACGUAAGCGACAGCUCGACCAAAGAUCGCUCCGGCCAAAACCCGCCGAGGAACGAAAAUAAACUGGAUCCAAAUCCGCAACCGCCCCAACCGCAUGCUCUGUCCCCCGGUCGCCGACCGAAUCAGCCGAGACCGGGGACAAGAGCGAUUCUGUUUCUCAAAGCAGGCAUAUACCAUUCUCACCGACUAUUAUUAUCACUUUUCUCUCUUCUGUUUCGGAAUACCCAGGUCUAGACAGACUAGACCAUUAUUGCAUCGGAUCAUCGCCUAGCUCAGAGAGAGGAGCGAAAUAUCUAU